AUGUUUCGUUUGCUUCACUGGCCCUCUGCGAUCGGAGGGGAUAAAUUCCUCGCAGAGGAUGUCAAGACGAUCCCCUCUUGCGCUCCCGCAGUCCACAUGAACGGUAUCUCGCUGCCCCCAAUGCUCAAGCGCAAGCGUUCCAACUCGUCCGCGACCGACGCGCCCGCUCCCACCAAGGCGCGCCUUGACGAGGCUGCGCGACCGGCGCAAACGCAGCAGAUCCCACAGACGCAGCAGAUCCAAGGCGCUAUUUCCGCUCCGUCGGUCGCUCCCUCCGCUGCCUCCGCUGAGAUCGCUGCCGCCCCGACGCCGGUCGUCCCUGCGCAAUCUCCCGCGGUCGCGAUCCCGACUACCAACUCGACCGACUCCGAGUCCCUCCCCCAGUCCCAGUCUGAGACCAAGCCUGCGCCGGCGCAGGCCGUCCGCGCAAAGCCCGACCGCAACACCAUCCGGGACACCAUUACGUCGCAGAUCAGCCUUGAGAUUCUGCUGAAGCACAACGAGCUGCGCCUGAUCGACCAGGAAAUUGCCAAGUGCCAGAUCGCACUCGAACAGCUGCGUCGCUGCGCUGAGAUCCCCUACCCGGGCUCGUCGGUCACCGGUCCUUCGCUCGAUGUCAGCUCCGGCGUGGGCGCAGCCGUGCUACAGCCUGGAAAUGGCGUGCCACCGCUGUCGCCUGCGCCGUGGGGAGUGACAGAGGGUCCGUACUCGCGUCACUAUAAGCAGUGGCUGCUGCCGGAUCCUCGCUUCGACGGUGGCGAGGCGGUUGUUGAUCGUCCGCAGGGACGUGGUCGGUCCACGCGCGCUCACCCUGGGGAAUACGCCGACUCUCAGCUGGCAGGUACCUUCCGGCCGUCGCGGAGCACGACUGGAGGCAAGAUGCUGGGUGCGAACCAACCUCCUAAGGACAAGGCCGGCUCCAUCCUCAUCCGCCGCAAGUCCGAUGGUCAGAUGGUCAAGCUGGUCUGCAUGGAUUGCCAGCGCGAGAACUUCUCCAGUCCGCAGGGGUUCAUCAACCACUGUCGCAUUGCGCAUCGCCGCAGCUUCGAUAGCCACCAGGAUGCCGCCAUCGCCUGCGGUAUUGUCGUGGAUGUCGACGAGGCUGGUGGUGUGGUUGCUGAGCGCAGUGAGCCACCCAGUGCCUCCAUGACCCCGGGAACCGUUCACCCGUUCAUUCGAUCUGCGCAACUUCCUCCUCCGCCUCCUCCCCCCGCCAAAUCUCACAAGAAAAAGGCUGCCCCGGGCAAGUCUGUUCAAUUCAACUCCGAUGUCGUCCAGUCUCCCCCUGCCGCCAUCAAGACCGAGGCCAACCCGCAGCCUCGCCGUCCAUCGGAGUCGGUGAAGGCCACCCCGAAUCCUGCGUUCCAGGCCUCGCCUCUGGCGCCUCACCUGUCCGCUCUGAUGCGCGAUCGCGGCUCUGGCUUGAACCUCAAUCAGAUGGUGGGAGAAGCAAAGGAGAAGGUUGAUCUCACUGGCCUGACACCCAGUGAGUCUUCGGACUCUGAAGACUCGACGGAAGCCAAAGAGGAGAACAACGAGAGCGAGGAUGACAAGGGAGCCGCCGGCCUGCCCACGCGCAUGCCGACCAGCCAGACUGCUUCCGAGCGCACCGAAAGCCGCAAGGGUCUUGCCCGCGCCUCUCCCAAGUCGCCCUCCCUGCACACCAUCAAGACCGAGACCACUACUUCCGCCCGUGCGCAAUCGCCACAGCCUACCUCUCACUCCACUCUUAUCCCCUUUCCCGCCGACAGUUCUCGCGAUGGGGAGCCGCUCGACCACGCGGCUCAGUUCAGCCCUCAAACCGUCCAUUCGAACCAAGCCCCCAGCCUGGUGAGUGACGACGAAGACGACUACGACGAGGCAGCCUACGAUUCCGACGGCCCGAGUUCCUCUGAAUCCGGCGACCAAGACCAAGACCGCCACAUCGAGGUCGCCGACGACGAGCGCAACACAACCCAGUCCACUGCUCCUGCCGACCCCAAGGCCCGCAAGGGUCUCAAGAACCCUGCCCCGCAAGCCCCCAUCUCGAAGCCAUUGAAGCGCAGCCACUCGAAGAUGUCGAUGAUGGGCAUGGACUCCGACGAGGGCGAGAACCCUCUCAAGCGGAGCCGGACCGGCACCCCGAUGCUGCCGCUUGAUUUCGAGGAGGAUGAGCCUCGUCGCAGCCGUCACGGCAGUGACGAGGGUGAGAAGCGUACUCCGCCCGUCCAAGACGCCGCCAUGAAGCCAACACAGCAGGAACCCUCGCCCUAA